GUAUCAAGCUCUUGCAAUACCAGUUUCAGCAGUAACAUCUCUAACAGUAUCAGCUACAGCAGUACCAGAUCCAGCAUUACCACCUCCAGCAGUACCAUGUGUAGCAAUGUCAGCUCUACCAGUAUAAGCUCUAGCAGUAUUAGCUGGAGCAUUAUCACCUCCAGCAGUAUAAGCUCCAGCAGUAUCAGUUCAAGCAUUUCCAGCUCCAGCAGCGCAUUCUCCAGCAGUAUCACUUCUAGCAGUAUCAGCUCCAGCAGUAUCAGCUUCACCAGUAACAGCUGUAUCAGCAUCAGUUCCGGUAGGACCACCUCCAGCAGUAUCAGUUCCUGUAGUACUAGCUCCAGUAGUACCAGCUCCAGGAGUAUCAACUCCAGCAGUACCACGUACAGCAAUACCAUCUCCAGCAGUACCAUCUCUAGCAGCAUCAACUCCACUAGUACCAGCUCCAACAGUAUCAGCUCCUGCACUACCGGCUUCAGUAGUUCCAGGUGCAGUAGUAGUAGCUUCAGCAGUUUCACCUUCAGCAGUUCCAGCUUCAGAAGUAUUAGUUCAAACAGUAUCAGCUCCAAUAGUAUCUGCUCCAGUAGUUCCACCUCCAGAAGUAUUAGCUCUUGCAGUAUAAGCUCCCCUUGUACGAGGGCCAGUAGUAUCAGCUCCAUCGGUAUAAGCACUAGCAGUAUCAGUUCCAGCAGUACCAACUUCAGCAGUGUCAGCUCUAGAAGUAUCAGCUCCAGUAGUACCAUCUUCAGCAGUAUCAGCUUCGGCAGUACCAGCUUUAGCAGUAUCAGCUUCAGCAGUACCAGCUUCAGCAGUAUCAACUCCAGCAUUACAAGCUUCAGUAGUAUCAACUUCAGCAACAUCAGCUUCAGCAGUGCCAGCUUCAUUAGCAUCAGUUUCAGCAGUAUCAGCUCAAGCAGUAUCGGCUCCAGUAGUACCAGCUCCAGCAGUUCCAGCUCCAUCAGUGUCAGCUUUAGCAGUAUCAGCUCCAACGGCACCUUCUCCAGCAGUACCGGCUCGAGCAGUACCAGCUCCAGCAGUAUCAGCUCGAUCAGUACCAGCUCCAGCAGUAUCAGUUGCAGUACGAGCAGUAUCAGCUCUAGUAGAUUCUACUCCGGCAGUACCAUCUCAAACAGUGUCAGCUUCUGCAGUACCAGUUCCAGCAGUAUCAGCUUGAACAAUACUACCUCUAGUAGUAUAAGCUUCAGCAGUAUGAGCUACAAGCAUAUCAACUCCAGCAGUAUCAGAUACACGAAUACCAGCUCAAGCAGUAUCAGCUCCAUCAAUUUCAGCUCCAGCAGUAUCUGCUCCAGAAAUACCAUCUAUAGCAGAAUUAGUUCCAGCUAUUCCAGCUACAGCAGUACCAGCUCCAGUAGUACCAGCUCCAGCAGUAUCAGCUUCAUCAGUAUUAGCUUCGGUAGUAUCAGCUCCCGCAGUACCAAGUCCACCAGUAUCAGCUACACCAAUACCAGCUCCAGCAGUUUCAGGUCUAGCAGUAUAAGCUUCAGCAGUACCACGUCUUGCAGUAUCAGCUCUAGCAGCACCAGCUCCGUCAGAUUCAGCUCCAACAGUACCUCUCGUAGCAGUAUCAGCUCCUGUAGUAACACUUUUAGCAGUAUCAACUCCAGUAUCAUCAUUUCAAUAAUUUCUAGUACGAGCAGUAUCAGCUCCAACAGUAACAUCUCUACCGGUAUCAGCUCCAGCGGUACCACUUCUAGCAACGUCAAUUCCAGGAGUACCGGCUCCAGCAGUAUCAGCUCCAGCAGUAUAAACUUAAACAGUACCACCUCUAGCAGUAUCGGUUCCAGUAAUUCCAGCUCCAGCAGUGCCCGCUCCAGUAGUACCAGGUCCACAAGUAUCAGCACCAGCAGCACCAGCAGCACCAGCAGCACCAGCAGCACCAGCAGCACCACCUCUAACAGUAUGAGCUCUUGCAGCACCAGCUCCAGCAGUAUCAGCUCCAGCUUUAUCAGCUCCAUCAGUACCAGCUCCAGCAGUACCAGCUGUAGCAGUACCUGCUCCAGUAGUAUCAGUUUCGGUAGCACCAGCUUCAGCAGUAUUAGUUUCAAUAGUAUCUACGCCAGCAGUAUCACCUUCAGCAGUACCAGCGUCAGCUUUACCAGUGUCAGCAGCACCAGCUUCAGUAGUACCAGCUCCAUUUGUAUCACCUCCAUCACUACCAGCUUCAGCAGUACCAGCUUCAGCAGUUUCAGCUUUUGCAGUACCAGUUUCAGUAGUACCAGCUUCAGUAGUGCUAGCUUCAGCAGUACCAUGUUCAGUAAUUCUAGCUUCAACAGUACUUUCAGCUCCAGCCUUACCAGCUUCGUCAGUAUCAUCUACAGCAAUGCCAGUUUCAGCAGUUGCAGCAUCAGCAGUUAUUCAUCUAUCAGUACGAACUUCAGUAGUAGACCCACCAGCAGCUUUAUCUCCUUCAGGUCAAGCUCUGGGAGCUUCAGUAUGUGCUCCUCCUUAGGUGCGAAUGUCUUCUCCGCGUCAUCUGUCAUCUUACCAACACGUACCACAACCGCGACAACCACGACAACCACGACAACCACUACCACCACUACCACCACUACCACCACCACUUCACCCACCACUACUACCACUCCAGAUCCUUCGUGUUUUGAUGUGCUGGUGACUCGAACCCAUCCCGUCAGUGUGGUGACCUCACCAAACUACCCGAAACCCUACCCGUCCAACUACCACUGCCAGUUUAACAUCACGGUACCGGAAGGGAAGCGAGUGAAGUUGGUGAUCGACACUCUGAAGAUUAAGUACACACGGACUUGUGUCAAGGACUACUUGAAAGUAGAAAAUCUGGCGGGUCGGUACGGCGUGAGGAUGUGUGGUAAGAAGCUCCCACCGCCAGACUGGAAUUUCGUCUCAGAAAGCAACUUCCUUACGGUAACUUUCCACUCAGACAAACACAAGGAGCUCCGAGGCUACAAGAUCUUCGUCAUAGCUAUCGACCCACCGAAAAAUUGCACACGUCGAUACCUUCCGCCAUCAAAUCCGUGAGACACUACACACAUCGAUGCAUCCUUCUAUCAAUUCCGUGAGAGACUAUACCCGUGAAUGCGUCCAAUCAACUCUAUGAGAGAAUAUACUUGAAACUACAGCCUUCUAUCAACUCCGUGAUAUAAUGGAUGCAACGGAUGUGGAUAAAAGAAUA